AUGAUUCGCGUAAAUCACAUUCUGACGAAUCUACAACUAAGAAGUGGCAGGCAAUUUGUUACAAGUGCUUUUUUCCUGAAAACGAAAGAGAUUUCACACGAAUCCUCGCAGAACGACCGAGAAUCGCCGCGAAUGAAACGGUUCCAUGAAAAACUUAAAUUGCAGCCGAUACCAAAAGUGGGACCGCGGGAACGGUUCGUCGACUUAGUAUUAGUGAAAACUGAUCCGAGAACUGGAGAACUGAUAACAAACAGCGAGAACGAUCCUACUAAAUGGGGAGAUUGGCAGCACGGUGGUAGAGUCAGCGAUUUUUGAAACUGAGAACGCCGUGCGUCUUCCUUUUGUAGAACUUCUGCAAGCAUGUCUUUUAGACAAUCUUCACUCUAGUUUCUACUAGUGUAACUACUCGUAUAAGAUAAAUCGGGUGUAAUUUGUUUGUCAACGUCAAGUGCAAUGAUACAAAUCAAAAUGAUCCCUCGUUAUGCAAGACACAAAAACUAAUAGAUGUAUACAUAGGAGAGCACUUGUAUUACAGAACGAAAAUUGUAUAUCAGUGUGGCAAUAAAUUACAUUAUAAAAAGA